UUAUAAGACGCAUCUACAAAACAAAAAGCUUUCAUUGGAGACCGACGGUUACAAAACAGUAGGGUAGAGUUUUGCGGUGCUGCUGACAGCCGGUGUUGAUUAAAUAUUAAAUUUAUAAUGGAAAAUGAUAUUCUAGAUUCGUUGGAAGAUAUAGGUUAUGAGGGAGACGUUCUACAGGAGGAUGUGUUUAGGCAGAUGGUGGAGCUGGGUCCCCAGUCCCGGGAGUACACGAGUCUGGUGUCCUGGCUCGUUCAACAGCUCUGUGAAUUCUGCUCCAUGGAAGAAGCUGUCAACCCUAUCACUGGUCCCGAUGAUGCAUCCAACUUCAUGAUGGAGAUCAGUGGUUUCCUUAGAGAAUAUGGUUGCCCCUACCAGACACUGAAUGAUGGACCUGUCACACAGAGACUGGAUUCUAAGGAUUCCAGACUUCAACUUCUUGACUUCCUGAUCACAGAGGUGCAGACAGUGCGCAUGUUGGCGUGUACCAACCCUGCUGCUCUCAAGACAACAAGCUUCACGACCCCCAUGGAGGUGGCAGAGCAGUAUGAGAGUGACACUGCCCGGCACUUGAAGCUGAUGUUGAUAGCUCUUGGCUUUCCCAAACCUCCAGACAACAUCACGCCAUUUCAGCUCUUUAGCAAGUUGGAACAGAAGAUAAAAGAAGCGAUGAGUCAGAAUCCUGGCACUGUUGGCAAGUCGUUGUUGAAGGUACGUCUGUCUGACAAGCAGUGGGAGCAGGUACACAGGAUCAACAUCACCCUUGCAGACGAGUACAAGACACGGCGGGAAAUGUUGCUGAAGCGUCUUGACGUCACCAUACAGUCCUUUAUGUGGUCAGAUAAGGCUAAGCAAAUGGAAAACAAGAUAGCAGAGGCCUAUCAGCCAAUCAGAAAGCAUAUGAAGACGACAUCAGAGGUGGGCGUGGCACAGAUACUUGCUGCAAGGGAUGACCUGUUACGAAUUGAGAAAACCAGCAGCGGCUCAGCUAGGGAGGCUACCAAGUGUUCUCUUAACAAAAUUCUAAUUCCUAAGGUGGGAGACCGAGGUGGCAGGGCCUGGGAGCUGGAGCCCCCUCCCCCGGAAAUGCCCUCCUUCACCAAGAGACAGGACGGACCCCAGGGACAGAGACCACAGAGUGCCAGAGGUGGUGAUGGCGGUGGCUUUGAGUCACGAGGGAGAGGGGGCAAGGUGCAGGGGGGAUGGGACAGCAACCAGGGGGCCAGUGUGGGGGGAAACUGGAAUCAGAGGGGAGGGGGAUAUGGCCGCCCACAAACAGCAGGGGGAUAUCAAGGUGACAGUUACCAUGGUGGUGGUGGUGGUCACCAGGAUGAUGGUGGUUACCAAGGAGGCGCUGGGGGUUACCAAGGAGGAGGUGGGGGAGGUUACCAGGGUGAGGGUGGAGGCUCCAGGGGUGGCGGGCGUGGUGGGAGAGGAGGGGGCAGAGGAAGGGGUGGCCGUGGAAGAUACUGA